UCUUUUGUAAUUUUUCUCGGGUCUCCCAUUUCGAUCUUGAUCAGCGGUGAACCUAACCUCAUCACUAUCAUCUACCAGCACACCAUGGUCAAGGGUUCAUCAAUGUUGUAAUUCGAAAACAGAACUAUUUGCAUCGAAUUUUCGUGGUAAAAUUUGUUUUACCCCAAGUUGUGAUUCGUAGGCCUAAUGGCAUUAGGUCGUCACUCUAAAACUCUAAUCGGCUGGUAGGUAAACUCGAUUUGCAAGGGUGGUUGUUACGGCCUUCGCCUUCACAGGUCUCUACUUCUCCCGACAAUCUAUCAACACCAAGCGUGUGAACCGCAUGCAAGAAGAACGUCGCAAACUCAGAGAAGAGAAAUCAGCUCAGGAAAACUCCUCUUGAAUUGAGUCCAGCGUAAUCAUGGCACAGUUACCUCAAUUAGAUAUGCAAAAGAUGCAGAUGGUUCAGGAGUUGGAAAUUGAAAUGAUGUCAGAUAUGUAUAAUCGAAUGACACAAUCUUGUCACAAGAAAUGCAUUCCUCCUAAAUAUAAAGAUGCAGAACUUGGGAAGGGUGAAUCAGUAUGCCUCGACAGAUGUAUAGCUAAGUACUUAGAUAUUCAUGAGCGCAUUGGUAAGAAACUGACACAGCUUUCAAUGCAAGAUGAAGACUUUGUAAAACGAAUGCAAGGGGGUGAGCCACCAAAAAGCUGAAGACUACAAGAGCUUGUUUAAUUACUAAAUUUAAAUUCCUGUGGAGAAUAAGUGUGUUAUAACUAUCUGUUUUUCAAGCAAUUGCAACGGAAUAUAACAGAGAGCUGGUAGUAUUGAAUGUUAGUGAAAGUUUACUUAGUGUGAAAAUGUACUGUUGUGAGAAAGCUAUUGAAAUUUUGAUCGUAUGAGAACUACAAAUUUUUAAUCAAAUGUAUUCAGAUUGUAGUAACAUGCCUAGUCCCUCUUUGUUAAGUGUGCCAUUACUGUCUUGAAAACAUCUGCUAAAGAAUAUCAAGUGUCAGUUGGUGACUUGUAUGUUUUCUAAGCAAACAGUGGAAUAGACAUGAGGAAAACAUAA